AUGGCUGUCCUGCGCCAGCUGCGCCCCUCAGAGGGUGGCCUUACUUUGCAAGGGCACGUGUAUUUGGAUUGCGGGUGCAGGAGCCUCAUCGUUUCCUCCAGCCUUGUCCGCCAGGGCAAGCGGGGCUGGUGGGUGGGUGUUUUCCGCCACAGCCGUGGCACCAAGGCCUGGAACACCUCUGCUGUCUGCAUCUUCGGGAUGGAGGAGGUGAAGGAGCAAGCCUGUGCGUCCACGCACUUCAUCAUGAACGGGAAGAGCUGUGAGGCACGAUCAAUCAAGAAAUUACCUACCUUGAUUCACUCUGGAUUAGCGGCUGUUUAUGGCACAGUUGUUUUGAAUCAGAUAGUUCUCUUUUUGGGAACAGAUGAUGGACAGUUACUGAAGGCUGUACUUAAUGAGGAUAUGGAAUCUAAUUGCCCAGAGGUUUUGUAUGAAAUUAAGGAAGAAACCUCCAUUUUCCCCAAACUUCGACUUGACCCAGUAGAUAAUAACUACAUCUAUCUGUCCUCUGCCAAUAAGGUGAGAAGAAUACCCGUUGCAAAUUGCGGUAGAUAUGUUUCCGAGCAAGAAUGCUUAUCAGCAAAGGAUCCCUACUGUGGGUGGUGUUCUUUGAAUCGAAGGUGCACAUUAAAAGAAAAUUGUACACGUUCAAACAGCAUAGAGGGUUGGUAUAACAUUUCACAUGCACCUGAUAAAGAUCUGAAAAUCCUGCUAAGUUUCCCUGCCAAAAAUCAGGUUGCUGUGACUGCAAGCAUAAACAAAAUCCUUACUUCCUGUAUGAUAAAAAUUGUAAAACCUGUUGAUAUAUUUUACGAAAAUGUAGUGCUGAAAAACUCAUCCUGUUUCUGCAAUCUAACCACUCCGGUGAUAACUGAUAAUGCUGCUUACGAUGUAUACACAAGGGAUAGUUGUAAUGCAACUGCUUCCAAGGGGAUUGCCACUGCGCAGAAAACAGAGCAUAUCAGCAUUCAUUCCAUUGAACCUUUGUGGAUUUCUACAUUAGGCAAAAGUGAAAUAACAGUCAAAGGAGAAAACUUUACACGUGCAUCAGGCAUAAAACUGAUACUGACUGGAAUCACUGGCUGUAAACCAGACAUCAUUAAAGUUAGAAAUGUGCUAAACGAUACGCAAAUGACAUUUGCUCUCCCACCGACACGUAAAGAGGCCAAAAGUAUAUGUAUACAGGCUAAUGGGAAAAAAUGUUCACCACCAAUGACCCUACAUUAUGUUUCACUGCCAUCAUGUUUUGGAAUCACACCCAAUACCUCCUGGAUAAGUGGUGGUCGCAAAAUUACUACAAUUGGUAGAAAUUUUAAUGUGGUGGACAGUGUGAUUAUUUCAGAUGACCAGAGAUCAAACCUCACCGUCUCUAGGUGUCCUGGAAAUGAAUCUGAAUAUCAUUACUUAACUCCAAGCCUGAGCCAUGCAACAGAGGGUAAAGUUGUUGAUAUGAUGUUAAAAGUGGAAACUACCUUCAUACCAUGUGUAAAAUUACACUAUCACCCUGACCCAGUGUUCAUUAACUACCAGCUACACACUGAGCUGGAUCCUGACCUGGAAUUAAAAAUAUAUAAAGAAACUGACAACUUGAAUAUUUCUAAAACUGAGGUAGAGGUUUAUCUGUCAUACAUGAAUGGUGCACAGACCAAAAAGAUAUGGUUCAGCGUCCAAAAUAUUACCAAAAAACCAGAUCGCAGCACCAUACUGUGCAAAUUCAAAAGGGAAGGAACAGAAAAGAUUGACUUUUCCACAGUGAAAGUUUUUGUCAAAUUAGGAAAUUUUGAGCAUGAAGUCAAACCAACAUCAUCACACAUAUAUUUAUAUGUUCUUAUUUUGCUGCCUAUUGUAGUGGGUGUCAUUAUAGCGGCAUUCGUAGUUACUAGAUACAAAUCCAAAGAGUUAACUCGUAAACAGAGUCAGCAACUUGAACUGCUGGAGUACGAGAUUCGGAAAGAAAUACGCGAGGGAUUUGCUGAACUGCAGAUGGAUGAAUUAGACGUGGUGGAUAGUUUUGGAACCAUUCCCUUCCUUGACUACAAACACUUUGCUCUUAGAACUUUCUUUCCAGAGUCAGGAGGCUUUGCAUCCAUCUUCAGUGAAGACAUGCCACAGAGCAGAGACCAAACGAGCAAGGAUGAAAGCUUCAACAUGUUGCAUGCUUUAAUUUGUAACAAGAACUUUCUUGUUACUCUCAUUCACACCCUUGAAAAGCAGAAAAAUUUCUCUGUGAAAGACAGGUGCUUGUUUGCAUCCUUCUUGACUAUUGCUCUACAAACUAAGCUAGUUUAUCUAACCCAUAUUUUGGAAGUGUUGACAAAGGACUUGAUGGAGCAGUCAAGCAAUGUACAGCCUAAGCUCCUGCUCAGACGAACUGAAUCUGUGGUAGAAAAAUUGCUGACAAACUGGAUGUCUGUCUGCCUUUCUGGAUUUCUCCGGGAGACAAUUGGUGAACCUUUCUAUUUGCUAGUGACAACCCUCAAUCAGAGGAUAAACAAAGGACCUGUUGACGCAAUAACUUGCAAAGCCCUCUACACGCUUAACGAAGACUGGCUGCUGUGGCAAGUGUCUGAAUUCAGAACAGUGGUAUUGAACAUUAUCUUUGAAAAAAUCCCAGAAAAUGAGAGUGGAGAUGCCUGUCAAACUAUCCAAGUUAAUGUUCUGGACUGCGACACCAUAGGCCAAGCCAAGGAGAAGAGCCUUCAGGCUUUCCUUAAUAAGAAUGGCUUUCUCUAUGGUCUUCAGCUGGAUGAAAUUGGUCUUGAGCUUGUGUCUGAGGAGCACCAAAGAGAAUUGUUAGAUAUUGAUGGUUCCUCAGAGGUGAUGGAGGAUGGGAUAAGGAAGCUAAAUACCAUCGGUCAUUAUGAGAUUUCAAAUGGAGCAACCAUAAAAGUCUUUAAAAAGAAGGCAAAUACCCGAUCAGAUGUGGACUACUCGGAUGAACACUGCCAUUUGAUUUUACCAGACUCCGAAGCAAACAAAGAUGUGAAAGGAGCAGGUCACAAAGGAAAGCAAAAAUUCAAAGUGAAAGAAAUGUAUCUGACAAAGCUUCUGUCAACCAAGGUUGCAAUUCAUUCGGUUGUUGAGAAGCUCUUCAGGAGCAUUUGGAGUUUACCCAACAAUAAAGCACCUGUCGCCAUCAAGUACUUUUUUGACUUUCUGGAUGCCCAGGCUGAAAGCAAAAAAAUUACUGACCCUGAUGUGGUCCAUAUAUGGAAAACCAACAGUCUUCCUCUUCGCUUCUGGGUGAACAUACUGAAGAAUCCCCAGUUUGUCUUUGAUAUUAAGAAGACUUCACAUAUAGAUGGCUGUUUGUCUGUAAUCGCACAAGCUUUCAUGGAUGCCUUUUCUCUAGCAGAACAGACACUGGGGAAGGAAGCACCAACAAAUAAGCUUCUCUACGCUAAGGACAUUCCACUCUACAAGAAGGAGGUGAAAGCAUACUAUAAAGCCAUCAGGGAUCUGCCUCCAUUGACCGCUUCAGAGGUUGAAGAAUUUCUAACUCAGGAAUCUAAGAAACAUGAAAAUGAAUUCAAUGAGAAAGUGGCCUUGACUGAAAUCUACAGAUACAUAGUGAAAUACUAUGAUGAGAUUGUCAGCAAACUCGAGCGAGAACGGGGGUUUGAAGAAGUCCAGAAACAGCUCCAGCAAGUAAAAGCCUUAUUUGAUGAAAAGAAAAAAUGCAAAUGGCUUUGA